CUCUAAUCCACCAGGACCUCCGAGUCCGCGUCCAGCAGCAGUGCCCGGCCCUCGGCGGCCAGGACAGCGUGUCGCUCGCACCCGCCGGUCCAGCCGCCGCCGCCCGGCCAGGCACACGCGACCUCACCCAUGGGGAACAGCAAGAGCGGGGCCCUGUCCAAGGAGAUCCUGGAGGACCUGCAGCUGAACACCAAGUUCACGGAGGAGACGCUCUGCUCCUGGUACCAGUCAUUCCUGAAGGAGUGCCCCAGCGGCCGCAUCACGCGGCAGGAGUUCCAGAGCAUCUACGCCAAGUUCUUCCCCGAGGCCGACCCCAAGGCCUACGCCCAGCAUGUGUUCCGCAGCUUCGACGCCAACAGCGACGGCUCGCUGGACUUCAAGGAGUAUGUCAUCGCCCUGCACAUGACCUCGGAGGGCAGGACCAACCAGAAGCUGGAGUGGGCCUUCUCCCUCUACGACGUGGACGGCAACGGGACCAUCAGCAAGAACGAAGUGCUGGAGAUCGUCACGGCUAUUUUCAAAAUGAUCAGUCCUGAGGACGUGAAGCACCUUCCAGAAGAUGAAAACACGCCAGAGAAGCGAGCCGAGAAGAUCUGGGGGUUCUUUGGAAAGAAGGAUGAUGAUAAACUCACAGAGGAAGAGUUCAUCGAGGGGACGCUGGCCAAUAAGGAAAUUCUGCGACUGAUCCAAUUUGAGCCUCAAAAAGUGAAGGAAAAACUGAAGGAAAAGAAACAGUGAUGUCCACCCGCUGCUUGGCCCUGCCCCCUCCCCUCCCCAGGCACAGAAACCCACGGGGUGAGCAUGCACACAUGUCCCAGGGGCCAAAGGGCCUUCCUUGGCCUUAGCCUCCCUCUUGUUCUACCCGCCACCUCCUCUCCCCCGCCCGCGGCCCGUGCCUCCGUGAUAAUCCCAGGAUUAGGUCACCGGAGUCCUCAAUAUCACCCUCCCGCGUAAGCUCCUUUGUGGGUUGCUGGGUAAGCAGGUUCCAAUAAAUGCGAGAGGAGCUGGGCA